AUGAAGCUCACCAAUAGCGCCGUGCCGGUGUACACGGUCUCGGGAUCCAAUGUGAAUCGAGACCUUCCGGACUGGCAGCCUCAAAAGAAGAGAAAGAAUACUCACGCCGAUUAUGCCAAUCGUGUGGAAUUGCUCCAAGACUUCGAGUUCGAAGAGGCGAGCCAAUGCGUGCGCAUCAGUGAGGACGGCGAGUGGGUUAUGAGCACCGGCACAUACAAGCCUCAGAUUCAUACUCAUUACCUGCCAAACCUGUCUAUGGCAUGGGCGCGUCACACAGACACGCUCAACAAGACCUUUACUUUUCUUUCAUCAGACUACUCCAAGACCAUUCACCUACAGGAAGACAGAUCGGUCGAGUUUCAUACACCAGGUGGCCGACACCAUGCCCUCCGAAUACCCCGAUACGGUCGAGACCUCGCAUACGACCGGGCCAACACCGAAAUCCUUGUGCCGGCUGUAGGUGUCAACAACAACGGAUCUGGCGAGGUUUUCAGAAUCAAUCUUGAGUUAGGAAGGUUUAUGAACCCUUUCGAGGUCGAUGUCGGUGGAAACGAUAUUGACGAUUCGGGGCUGCAAGGCGGCGUUCAGACGGGCGGAGUGAACACGGCUUCGAUCGCAGAGGGUAGUCACGGACUCUUUGCUUUCGGCACCACCAUGGGAACCAUCGAGUACUGGGAUUCUCGGUCACGGGCCCGGGUAGCAACGCUUGCCCUGCCAGCAGAUUUCGAGGGCCGGCCUGAAGUGACAGCCCUGGACUUUCAUCGCUCAGGCAUCAAUAUCGCCGCGGGGACUUCAUCUGGGCUCAUAUAUUUGUACGACUUGCGCUCUCCCACUCCGACUCUCAAGAAGGAUCAGGGAUAUGGGUAUCCGAUACACCACCUCCAAUAUCUUCAUUUCUCCUCAACAACUCGCGCAUCGACUACAGAGCCGAAAGUCCUUUCGGCCGAUAAGCGCAUCAUUAAGAUAUGGGACGAGCGCGACGGUGCGCCCUGGACUUCUGUCGAGCCAUCUGUUGAUAUCAACUCUGUUGCCUGGUGUAAGGAUAGUGGCAUGCUUCUGACCGCCAAUGAAGGCCGCCAACAACAUGCUUUCUUUAUUCCCCAGCUCGGACCGGCGCCUCGUUGGUGCUCAUUCCUCGACAAUGUUGUCGAAGAACUUGCUGAUGACCCUAAUGAUCCAAUGGCCUUCAACAAACGUACUGGAGGCGAGGUAUACGAUAAUCACAAAUUUCUUACUCUCCCACAACUCCGAGCUCUCAACCUCGACCAUCUCGUCGGUAAAACCAAUCUCCUCCGCCCCUACAUGCAUGGUUUCUUCGUAGCCCAACAGCUCUACGAAGAAGCGCGGAUGAUUACCAAUCCGACCUCCUGGGAGGAAGAAAGGGCGAAGCGAGUCCAAAAGAAGAUUGAACAGGAGCGCGAGAGUCGGAUCCGAGGCAAGAAAAAGGUCACGGCGAAGGUCAAUCGCAAGCUGGUCGAACGCAUUCUCGAACGUGAAGAGAAGAACGAGCGACGCCGAGCUCAGCGUGUCCUUGCACAGGGAGGGGAUGAGAAGACAGAAGACGUCGCUGAAGAGGAAGAACCACAGCCUGAGAUGGCAGGAGCGGAAUCAAGACAACCUAAGCUACUGGCGGAUUCUCGCUUCACCCGCCUCUUCCAGGAUGAGGAUUUCCAGGUCGACGAGACGUCCCGCGAAUUUCAGCAACUCAACCCCUCCACAAAGGUUGCACCUCGAAGCAAUCUUGACCAAGAGCGCGGCCUUACUGCGGUGGAACAAGAGAUGGUGGAUGAUGUCCCCGGCUCCAGCGAUGAGGACUCCGAAGACGACCCCUUCAAGAAGAGCGAGGGCCGCAUCUCUACGGCGGACUAUAAGCGGAGCAAGAACAAGAAGGAUCAGCAGAAGGACAAGAAGCGCAGGAAACAGCUGGAAAUGCGCAUGACAAGCUCAGAUCAGGCUAAAGGAUUCAGGAGAAGUGAACUGGAUCGCAGCUUUGAAGCUCGAGCAGAGAACAUGCCUGCCAGAGAGCGCAAAGGCAAAAGCAGAGGCGGUGAGGUGGGGGAGAAAAUCAUCACAUUUGAGCCGACCAAGAAGGGCAAGCAUGCGUCGCGCCCGCGGAACGGUAGUGACGACAGGCCGAAUCGAAAGGACAGACGGAGUGCUAGUGGGAAUGCCUUCAGGAGGAUGGGAUGA